UUGAAAACAGAUAGCAUCUGAACCAAAUUAUCCAGGGCCUACAAUGGAUAUUCAAAUCCCACAGUAAAGUGAAAUAAUCCCAACUUCUCCAUUCUUCUAUCUAGGGUUUCAAUCCAGCAUCUGGGUCUUGACGAUGCAAUCAUAUGACGCUGAAUUCUUCACCAAAGGUGUAAACUUUUAUCUGUAAGUUGCUUUUUCAUGUUCUUCUUUUCUCACUGGAUUUCUGUGAGCUAUUCUUGAUUUAUACAGCAAAUAAAUAGUGGGAUUUUGACAAAAUAUUGGUUAUCAGUGUUAAAGUUUGAAUCUUGAAAAGUUUUUGAAAGGAAUUAUAUGGGGAAAUCAGGUGGUAGGAAGAAAAAGGGUCAAAAUCAAAAUCAGAAUCAAGGGGAAAACCAUAAACCUGUUGUUAAUGGUACUGUUGAUUUGGACUCAUCGAUUUUCUUAAAAAGAGCUCACGAACUGAAAGAAGAGGGAAACAAAAGGUUUCAGGCUAAGGAUUAUGUAGGUGCUUUACAACAAUAUGAUAAUGCUCUUAAACUUACACCAAAAACGCACCCAGAAAGAGCUGUGUUCCAUAGCAACAGAGCGGCCUGUAUGAUGCAAAUGAAACCCAUAGAUUAUGAUUCUGUUAUUUGUGAGUGUAAUAUGGCACUUCAGGUUCAGCCUCGAUUUGUUCGAGCUCUUCUACGGAGGGCCCGUGCACUUGAGGCUGUGGGUAAGUAUGAAUUGGCAAUGCAAGAUGUGCAAAUGCUAUUGGAUGCCGAUGGGGAUCAUCAGGAUGCCUUGGAAAUUGCAGGGAGAUUGAGCAUGAUACUUGGUCCUCGCCAGGACGCCCAGCAAGACCUCCAGAGCCGACCAUCUCCAGCUGCACUUGGCGCAUCUGCAGUGGGUGCCGCCUCUAUUGCCGGUCUAGGACCGUGUUUACCUUCUCGAUCAAUGUCUAAGAAGCCAGUACCUUCAACUGGGGCUACGGUUGUAUCAGUUAAUAGUAAACCAGAUAAGCCCUCCCAUGUUAUGCCAGCUGAAAAUGGUACUCAGGCCAAAGUUCAGUUGCCAAGGGUUUCCUUGAAGCCUACAACUGGCCCUUCUAAACCUAAUGCAGGUCCUAGUAGGGAUGGUCAGAAGGAGCAGGCUUCUACCUCAGCAUCAAUUACAGUCCAUGGACAUUCUAAAGAUGCUGUGAUUCGUUGGAGGCCAUUGAAACUUGUUUAUGAUCAUGAUAUAAGACUUUCCCAAAUGCCUGUAAAUUGCAGUUUUGGAGUCUUGAGGGAUAUUGUUAUGAAACGGUUUCCAAUGUCAAAAUCUGUUCUUGUUAAAUAUAAGGACAGUGAUGGUGAUUUAGUAACUAUUACCUGUACGGCUGAGAUUAGAUUGGCCGAGUCCUGGGUUGAUAGUCAAGUAUCAAAAGACCCUGAUGCAGAUGAAGGUGACUCCAUUGGGAUGUUGAGAUUGCAUAUUGUCGAGGUGAGUCCUGAACAAGAACCAGCUUUGUUGGAAGAGGAAGAGAGGCCUGUUGAAAGUGAGGAGACUAUAGCAGAUGAGAGUGGAUCCCAUUCUUCACUAAGUGAUUCCGUGGUGGAAACUCUGGACAGUGAGAUUAACAAGUCAGAGAAGGACAUUGCCAAAGAGAAAACCACAAAAGAAGAUCCUGAAUGCAAGGAAGUUGAGAUGGAUGAUUGGUUGUUCGAGUUUGCGCAGUUAUUCAGGACUCACGUUGGCAUUGAUCCAGAUGCACACAUUGACCUGCAUGAGCUUGGAAUGGAGCUUAGCUCUGAAGCCCUUGAGGAGACUGUGACAAGUGAAGCGGCUCAAGCUCUUUUUGACAAGGCUGCCUUAAAGUUUCAGGAAGUGGCUGCUCUGGCUUUUUUCAACUGGGGAAAUGUUCACAUGUGUGCAGCGAGGAAACGAAUGCCAAUUGAUGAUUUUGCAUCAAAGGAGACGAUGGCUACCAAGCUUCAAGCAGCAUAUGACUGGGUGAGAGAAAAAUAUUCUCUGGCCAAAGAGAAGUAUGAGGAGUCUCUCUCGAUUAAACCAGACUUUUAUGAGGGGUUGCUGGCAUUAGGGCAGCAGCAAUUUGAAAUGGCAAAACUUCACUGGUCCUUUGUCUUGGCUAAGAAAGAAGACCUGUCAAGUUGGGAUCCUACUGAGGCGCUUGCUCUAUUUGAAAGUGCAGAAGAGAAAAUGAAAACAGCGACUCAGAUGUGGGAAGAGCUGGAGGAGCUGAGGGCUAAUGAACUAAAGGAUCCUAGUACAAGCAAGAAGGAUGAACUACUAAGGAGAAAGAAGAAACAGGGAAGUGGUCCUGAAGGUGAGGUGUCAGCUACAGGUGGUCCAGGUGAAAUUUCAGCUGAUGAGGCUGCACAGCAAGCUGCUGUAAUGCGAUCUCAAAUACAUUUAUUUUGGGGCAAUAUGCUUUUUGAGCGGUCUCAAGUUGAAUGUAAAUUGGGGUUGACUGGUUGGAAGGAGAACCUUGAUACUGCAGUUGAACGAUUUAAGCUUGCUGGAGCUUCUGAAAUUGACAUCUCAACAGUUCUGAAGAAUCAUUGUUCCAAUGAAGAAGCUACUCAGGGAUCUCUGGAAAUGGUUGAGAGCCUGAAGACUGAGGGUGAUGCUAGUAAAGCUUAGGCCGUGACGAUACACUAAUUUUGCAAUAUUUAUUUCUUUACAAACAACUUUUACAUUCAUGAGAUCAGAAAAUUUUGCCUUGAAACGUCAAUUAUACAUUCAAGUUUUAUGAUGCAACAAGAAGUUUGCUGUUA